AUAAGUUGCUUAUCAAACCUUCGUACACGCCCACAUAUGCACAGCCUCAUACCUCAAGGCAGGCUCGUGACCACUGUAGUCUGGCGUUUACUACUACGGAUGCUCGAGUGGCGUGCCUACCUAGCCUACUGCAGAAAUGCAUGUAGGCAGAAUGGUUUACGAGUCUAGCCUUAGUAAGGCCUCAACGUUCAACGCUCACAUCGAUGGCACUCCUCAGAUCUGAUGUAGAACUUCUUUAAUGCAUUGUACACAGGUUCUCGCUUUGUGCGGAUUCAACCCUACUGAGGCGUGAGAUGGGCGCCUAGGGGCUCCUUAUUAGAGUGGCCAAGUUUCACCGUCAGUGGCCAAUUCCUCUCUCUCAUCCCGUUGGUAACAUGUCUCAAUAUCCAACAGUGAAUCAUCUUUCCAAGUCAAAAGAUCAACCUAGUCUGAAAUAUAUCAUUAAUCACGUAUUUCUCCCCCUCAAGUUGCCUCAAGGGAGUGACCAGUCCCUGGAGAACGAUCUGUCCUUAUCUUGGGCAGUAUUUGAUGCUGCUAUUACCUUCAGUAACCAGCUGCCGUCCAAUAAGCUACCGCUUUGGUCGAGCAGUGUGAAAAUGCUUCGUAAUCUCAAAGAUUCAAUCAAAUUCAGCGUGAUGUCUGCCAAAGAAGUCGAAUCUCAAAUCAAUGCUAUGGACACCAAAGAUGUCCUUGUAUAUAUGAUUCGCGCUCAAAAUGCUGCGGUUGUAAUGAGAAAACUCGAAUCCGAAACUAUAUUCGAGUCAUUUGAGGUCUCUCCUGACCCUACCGCAGUGAUGGGCGCAAAGGGAAAGCUGAUAUGUUCCUAUCCUGGACCUGCUAUCACGGUCCCAGAUAUGAACAUUGACAAUGCUACCUUUCCUGCCGAGCUGGCAAAUUUUCUCGUCCACAUGGAUCAAGAUGUCCUUGAUGCAGCAGCGACAAGGAAAAAGGCUAAAUUCACUGUUCUCGAAGAGAGGGACACCACGCAUCCACGGUAUAUCACAGAGCUCCUGACCGGUAUAUUGCGUGGCCUCGGGAGCAUCGCUGAUGUCCCUCGCAUCCGCAAGCGCAUCGGAGAUGAUGUGCUGUGGGACAGCGCGAAGUUGCCAUGGAGGCGGUCUCCACUCUGGCUUGUGAUUCGCGUUGCCUUACAGACGACUCUGGAGCGCAGUGCUCUCGGACGAACGACGUAUAAAUCGUUCAUGCUGUUCUUCAUGGCGAGGCUCACGACCCUCGCCCUCGACCAUGACUUAUCGAACGACAUUCUACACUUCAUGUCGGCAAAGAUCGCACGCCGUCUUUUCAAGCUUGGAUCCUCUACUUCUCCAGAGUUAUCGCAGAUGGUUACCGUUGUAACCACGAAUGUAAGGAGCGUCCUGGAGGAAAGAUGGGGAUCUAUUCAGAACGCACAACGGGCCUCGCCUCUUUGGGCUCCGGAGACCCUCCGAAUUUUGCGAGAUACCCAUCUUUCCUUGAACACGAGCCGAGAGUACAUCUGCCAAGCUUUGCAGAACCAGCAUUCCUCUUCCAAAACAACCCCAUUCAAUCCCAGCCACCACACACGCGGGACAAUCGAUAAUUUCCUUGACGCCGAAGCUAGCUUCCUGAUAGCCGCUCAUACCGCAGAACCAUAUCUUGCCCUAGCAGACUUCGAGAUCGCCAUCAGAUCAGGGAUUGAUGAUUGGGUGGCGCGUGUUCCACCCCGAAGUGUCGAUUCCGCAUGCGUCUCGAUCGAGGCAUGCGCCUCUGCAUACUCUUCGAGAGCGCUUAAAGAUUACAAAGGAAAUCCGGAGAAUUUGUCUAUCAUGCUUCUCACCCUUUUCGAGCUCUGGGUAGCGAUGGAUAAGAUCGUCGUUGGACAAAUCCCACUUUUGGCAGAAUACUCCCCUGAAAUCCCACUAACGCUUUGGGGGUGUCUUUUAAUCCGCCAAGCUUCCGCCCUUGAUCGUUUCAAAACAUUGCACGCCUACUUGAAAGCUCGUCAUUGCCAGGCUUCCAGCCAUCUGUCAGCAUUCUCAUUUACCAGCGAUGACAAGUCAUUCGCAUCGCGAUAUUUCUACCAGUCGUCCAAGCUACAGAGUUUGAAGGUUCGCAUUGAGGCGGAUGGUCAGAGACAGCGGGAGAAGAAGUUGACCGAGCUUCGGACCUUAAACAAGAGGUACUGUGACCUAGAGACACGCGCAGGCAAUUCAGCUCACGAAUACGCUGUCAACUCCCGCGGCUUGGAGUGGCACAAGAAAAAGUGGUGUGAAAAGUGUCGCGUGGAGAAAGAGAUGCAAUCCAUGACAAUUACAGUUCACGAGUGGCCGCUACCAGAGCAUGAACAGGAGGCGAUAUUGGUCGUGUUUGAGCUAGGAUGCCCCAUUACGUUCGACAUGUGGAGAUCCAUGACAUUUCAUGUCUUCGUGGACAUCUGCACUCCAGCAAAGAUUUCGCCUACUCGUCCCUUCAUAACACUGCCAAAAUAUGACGCCUUGAAGCAAUAUCGUACGUGCCAUGCAAGACAAAGGCUCACUUUGGCGUCGGAUGCCAAACCUUUCUCCAAGUCUCAUUACAGCAACACUCACAUUCCUACGCUGAGCAUCAAAGUCUGUGUGAAUAACGGACUCAAAUUUCGGCUUUUCGACGCAUCGACAGAUGCAUGGGCAGCAGACGUACUGCUACGAUGUGACGCCACCAAGCUGUGCACUUUCCUUCUUCCGAAGGGACCAUAUGAUGGUAUGCAGCAGUACCUUACAGGGACCUCCCACACGUCAAACGAAGUCAUGUCCAAUCAAGUAGGUUGUCACAAGGACAUGACCAUCCAUGAAUUCAUCGCGUUCGGAGCCUUGCGGAGUGGACCGCGUUUACAAUGGAUGAAUGUGCUUCGUGAACUUCGUGCAAGGACGCUCAAUUUUCGACGUGAGGAGGUCCAUCUACUGUUGGCCCAAGCUGUUUCACAGGUCGGCCCAUUUUCGUCCGAUGAUGGCCUUAUUUGGCAUGAGGAGUUGAACAGCGUGCCCUUCCUUAUUGCACUACUCGGAGAGCUGGACGAUUUGAUGGCGAGCGUUGAAAGAAAUUGGCUGGAAGCUGUCACAAUCGACACUAUCGUGAUGCUUGUGUGCCGCGUCUUGUCCUCGACUCAGGAACAGAGUGUCAAAAAUCGCGGACAUGCGCUCCUUCGAAGGAUACGAACUGCGACUUUUACGUUGCUGACGCAACUAUCAGAGAAAAUGCAAGCAAGCAACGACGAGACCGUCAGCAGAGAUUUUCAAGGGCGCGUUCUGGAUAUGGCAGUCACCUGUCGUAGCACUUUCGAUGUUGAUGGAGACGCUUCGCUGCUCCUGACGCCGAACGAUGACAUCAAAGUAUUUGUAUAUUGUGCGGUCAUGAUUUAUGACAACACUCCGAGUCAACUCGACAACCUUCCACAACAUUCCAAGCUACUACUAGAGCGAGACAAGAGGUGUUGCCACGCAUUAGAACCCAUUAUUCGCCAAUAUGCAGAGUCUCACAGGGAGGGUCUUGAUUGCGCGAUGGCCAAGAUUUGGGGCAGCUACAGACCAGGAACUCCUUGGAGGGCAUUGACAGCUCCGAAUUCUCGUUGGCUCGUGGCACAGACUGCACCUUCAAAUUCCCAAUUACCACAGGACGUGCACAUCAAUUUGAUUAGUGGAUGCUUGCUUGUCGACGGGAAGCAGCUGGGGAGGCUCCCUUCAAGUAUAGUGCAACAUCCCACUUACCAAUCGAUUUUCGGCGAUCAAGUUCUGGACAUCGUUCCAGCUGAUAUUCUCGGAAUGGAAUAUGCAACACGCGGAAACUUCUGUGACCAUCAGGUGUCUUUCGCUCUCCGUGACUCGAAUGAUCUCAUCAUCCGUGCGAAGCAUAUCGAAGACGAUUCACCUAUCCUCCAGCUCAUUCCGAGCCAUAAAUUCAUGAAGGACUUACCAACCACCUUGGUCGCGGAACAUACUCAUUGGCUUAACCUGCACACGAGCGAAAUUGAGAUUCGGCCAGCAGACAAUGCGUGGAAACCUUCAUCUGACAAUUGGGUCAUACAAUUUGCUGUUUCGGGUUCCUCAACGGCGCAGAACUCCAGUGGUGCCACCCUUGCCGACAUACGCAGCCAAACGUGGGACAUGAUCUCCAAGAGGCUGCGUCCUCUGGAAGAUGCAUGCUUUAUCAUGGUCACAUAUAACAAAGCAUCCUGCGAAUGUAGCACUCCCUCGUUGAAGGCUAAUUUGCCUCGAUAUGGUCUCGAAUUCUUCAUCGAUGAGGAUGGAGAGUUGCAGUCCCGUAACAUGCGCAACAUGGUUGUUGAUAUCAUUCAGUCUAGUGGCACGAUGCUAGGAUUGGUCAAUCAACUCAUCCUGCGCCCGAAGUUGCAAGUUGCGGAUGAGGAUCCACGCACAGUCAUAAUCCCAGACGGUCGUAUCUCAUACUCCGCCGAUGGUCACCAUGUCCGCAUCACCAUCGCUCCUGAAGGUACUCGAAUGACAUACCAGUUGUACAGGAUUGAUACAGAUCUGCAAUGCCUCACUGGGAACGUGGGUCUCACAAGUAAGCUCUAUCAGGCGCUCCUUCACGCUGUUACCAGCGGUUGUCUCCCUGAUCCCCUGACGGGUCGAACGGGAACAGAGGAGGCGUUGCAUCUCUUGCAUUCCGCAGCUUGCCGAUCGUUUAUGAAGCUUCGCCCUCGCGAUGCAGACCUUUUGCGCGAGAUCAGUUCGCUGUCAACGAAGCGCGUCUGGUAUCCCACUCAUCUUCAGAAGAUGCAGACAAUUUCGUGGUCAUGCCUUGCGCCCCUUGCACAGCACCAUGGUUUCCAUCCAGCCGCGAAAUCUAUCAUGGAUUACGGAAUGAAACUUUUGACUUUCUCAGAAGGGUCUGCAAACCUUCAGGUCACCUAUGAGCUUCCGCGAUUCACCGACCACCUUCUUGAGCGCGCAUCAGUUCGUGCCUCGGCGAUCUAUCCUGAUCAGUUUUCUCUUCCACUUCCGCUCGGUGAUACAGAUGUCAUCUACGCUUCACGUCAUAUUCCCAACAAAGUUGCGGAAGCGAGGGCAUUUCAAACCGCCUUCAUGGUGCAUCAGCUGCCAAGCAGACUUCCAGUGCAACAGAACCUCCUUAAUGUCUUCCUUUCUGCGUAUGACCACUGUCGCAAGGCUACAAAGAAGGACACAUCUCGGCUGGUGUUCACUCUGGCUUCGGUAGCAUACAGCUUGUUGGAUGAUGAUGCGCUCGUGUCAACACUCCUAGCUUUCGCUACGAUUACGAAAACAGCCAGGAGAGACACCUACCUGCAAUGCCCUGGCGAAGAUGAAAAGACUCUGGGGCAGCGUCGUUAUUCAGCUUUCGAAGACAAGUGUCACUCUGAAAAGCAAGUAAUUCUCAGCAAAGUUCGGGGUGCCUGGCCAUGCGAAAAUCCUCCGGCACUUAGUACGUUGCAAGUGGAGUGCUACAAUCUCAAUGAGCUGGCAGGGAAAGUUUCCCCAGUAUUUCGCAGCUGUCGGCAAAACCGUCAUCUGAAGCUACACCUGGAUGGCCUGCAGGGAACACUCAAACGGUUCUACACGCCCAAACCUCCUUCAAAACUUCCCUCUCAAUAUCGUCUUGAUUCCCGCCUUGAGAGCUCGGAUGUUGCAUCACCGGCCUCAUCUGUUGAUGCCCAGUACCUGUUCAAUAGAGAUCCGCCUGUGACAAGCAUGUACGGGUCUUCCCAAGUUCUACCUACUGCCAAUCGAAGAGAUUUGGUAUCCCCAGACUCCCGAGUUACAGUGAGGCUGCAACAGUUGAUCAACGACUUUCGCGCACAAGGAACCGACAAGUUUCGUUGCAAAUACGCCGACGAUCUGAACCAGAGCAGGUUGAUAUACUGUGACGAAAAGAUUGUUGCCCUACCAGAUUCUACGCCAUACACGAUAGAACUACUGCUCAAGAAUCAUUCUCUCCAUAGUCGGCAAUUCCAAAAUUCACUCGCAUCUAUCUCACACGCCCUCUCCCCUGCCUCUGCUGCUGAGCACACGUUAUAUAAUGCUGGAUUAUGGCCUCGAGUUACACCAAAUUUCCUUUUCACGCGCAUGGCUUCUGCAGCAGGAAGUCCUUUGGGGAAGACUUGGCGUGCUACUCUUGUCCAGCUGUCGCAGAUACUUUUGCAACUGCAACACUCGCGAAGGCUGUUGGUCUUUGGUGCUAACAAAAACUGGGUGGAGUUCUUCAAGGAGUUGGAGAGCGAAAAAUGUGAAGGAUUUGAUCCGGAGCUAUACCCUGACUGGCUUUUAAUACAGAUUGAAAGUCAGUUCUUGGCACGGCCAGUCCAGGUCAAGGUUGCGCUGGAGAUGAUGUCACCAUGCACAGGAAGAAAUACUUCUCUCCAACUAAACAUGGGCGAAGGCAAAUCCUACGUUAUCGUUCCCCUCGCAGCAGCCGCACUUUCUGAUGGCCACAAACUGAUCCGAGUAAUCGUGCUGAAAUCGUUGUCAGCCCAGAUGUUCCAACUUCUGGUUGAACGACUAAGCGGCCUCGCACAAAGGCGCAUUUUCUAUAUCCCAUUCUCCCGCGGGCUCUCUAUCAACUCGUCGAAGGUGCAAAUGUAUCGUGACCUGAUGCAAGAGUGCAUGGAUACCAAGGGAAUAUUGGUCGUGCAGCCGGACCAUAUUCUGUCGUUCCAGCUGAUGGCUGUCGACCUUCAGCUGUCCAAUCGGACUGAAGCUGCUGAUAAUAUGCUACGGACUCAUAUACUGCGGACUCAGCUAUGGCUAGACAAUCACACACGCGACAUCCUGGAUGAAAGCGAUGAAAUUCUGCACGUUCGCUACCAGCUGGUAUACACUGUGGGUCUCCAAAAGUCGCUUGAAGGUCAUCCUGAAAGGUGGACGACAACACAACAAGUGUUGAGUCUUGUUGCGAAGCACGCCCCUCGACUCAUGACCGAGUUUCCCUCUCGUUCAGAAGUAUCUAUUCGUGAGCACGGGGGAUCACCCUUCAUUCGCGUUCUGCACCCGACAGCAGGUGAAGCAUUAAUCCAGUGGAUCGCCAAGGAUGUCAUCAAUGGCGCGCUUGAAAACAUCAGCUUCGAUCAAGCACCUUUCCACGUGAAAGAAGCUGUUUGCCGUUUUAUCGCAACCGAGAAUAUAUCCAGUACUUGUGUCAGCGUAGUGGAGGAUCACUAUAAACACACUACGGUCUGGCCAGGCCUCCUAGUCUUGCGUGGAUUGCUAGCAUGUGGGAUCUUGGUGUACGCCCUCAAAGAACGUCGCUGGCGCGUAGACUAUGGCCUCACCCCCAAACGAACGAUGCUAGCUGUUCCAUUUCGCGCAAAAGACAUGCCAUCGUUGCGGGCAGAGUUUGGCCACCCAGACGUUGCUAUUACCCUCACGUGUUUGUCAUACUAUUAUGGGGGUCUCACGCUCCAGCAGUUGAUGUUGUGCUUCGAGCUCCUGCUCAAGCAGGAUAAUCCUACCCUUGAGUAUGAAUCCUGGGUGCUUGGACUUCAGUCUGUCCCAGACAGUCUGCGUCAGCUCAGUGGAAUCAAUACGGAAUCCGCAGAGCAGCUCCCUGACCUUCAACGACUGUUCGAAUUCCACAAGGCGGUCAUAGAUUUUUACCUGUCCCGAGUAGUUUUUCCCAAGGAAGCGAAGGCAUUCCCCAGCAAGCUCACCCGUUCCGGGUGGGAUCUUGCUCAAGAGAAGAGACAUCUCACCACCGGCUUUUCUGGUACCAACGACAACCGGUAUCUUUUGCCAAGCUCAAUAGUGCAGCAUGACCUCGAUUACCAACGCAGCACGAAUGCCCGAGUCCUGGCGUUCCUUUUGCGCCCAGAAAACAACUACUACAGACCCAUACCGUCAGGCCAGAAGGUGCAACGUUUCAUAGACACCUUGAUAGCACAAACCCCCGAGGUCCGCGUGCUCCUGGAUGUGGGUGCGCAGAUGCUGGAAUUGAAGAAUCAGGAAUUGGCCGAGGCAUGGCUUCGAGCCAAGUGCGAUGCCCAAGCCGCAGUUUUUGUGAACGACGAUGACGAAAUCGUUGUUAUCAGUCGGGAUGGCAUGGUAGAGCCUCUUGUGUCGUCUCCCUUCGCCCAACAGCUCGACCAGUGUGUGAUAUAUCUCGAUGACGCACAUACAAGAGGAACGGAUGUCAAGCUGCCUUCUGGCUUCCGAGCUGCUGUCACGCUUGGUCCGAAAGUCACGAAAGACCGCCUGAUGCAAGGAUGCAUGCGAAUGCGGAAGCUGGGAAAUGGUCACUCUGUGAUGUUCUUCGCUCCAACGGAAGUUGACCGAAGCAUUCGCUCGGCAAUUCAGAAGGCUGAUACAGACCGUGUCGACGUUGCGGAUAUUCUACACUGGUCAAUGCUCGAAACCUGUCUUGAUAUUCAGAUGCGUGCAUUCCACUGGGUUCAACAGGGAUCAGAUUUCAACGCCCGGCAUUCUGCAUGGACUCAAUUCUCGCGCGCGCCUACCAUUUCGAGUUCCACCCUGAAAACAGCCUGGUUGCAGCCAGAGGAGCGUUCGUUGAAGGAUAUGUAUGCACCACGCAGUCCUUCUCAGGUAUCCCAUGUUUGCGAUGCAGACAUUCGAAGCAAGUGCGAGGAGCUCGGAGUUUUAACAGGGCCCGAAAGGAGCAUGGAUGAGGAACAAGAAAGGGAGGUUAUUCACGAGGUAGAGAGAGAACGUCAAGUUCAAAGACCGCCCAAAGUGCAACCCGCAGCCCAGGACUUGCAUGCGCACGUUCGUCGAUUUGUCAAGACCGGCCGAAUUCCCAAAAGGUCCCCCGCUUUCAUUCCAGCGCUAUCCAGCCUCGUCAACACCACUGCGGAAUUUCAUGAAGAUCAUCAGUGGUCACACAACGUUUUAGUCACCCGUGACUUCGCUCGUACAGUGGGGACUAUCUUUACCACACAGAAAGCGGAUGAAUACCUGCGGCCCGUCAAUUGGAUCAUACUCAGUGACGUUGGAGUGCUGGUAGUCAUGAGCCCGAACGAAGUGGACGCACUGCUCCCUGAUAUCCGUAACAGCAACGCAGUUCAGUUGUGCGUCUAUACCCCUCGGACCACAAACACGAUGAAGGCAUGCGAUGAUCUUCGACUGUAUCGUGUUCCUUCGACGCCACAUCCGAUCCCAGCAGAACCGCUGAUUUGCCAGCUCAACCUUUUUGCGGGUCAACUGUAUUUUUCCAGUUACGAGAUGUAUCUUCGCACUUGCAAUUUCUUAGGGCUCAACGCGCCAGAUUUGGGGGACGAGGAAUUGAUAGCCGACAGUGAUGGAUUCAUCAGGGAGGAGAACCGCUCUUCUGCGAGAGCAUCGUGUUUGUUCAAGGGAUCCCAGCUUCCUCCGCUGAAGAAGUUGUUCGGAAUGAGAAGGAAAGGCACGGGGUUUCUGCCAACUCACCUCGGAAAGAUGUUCAAUGGGCGCAUUCUGACCGAGGGGGAUUUUCUGGAAUGA